AUUUAUUAGAGAACCAUUGAAGAAAACUUUGAUCAAGCAAUGGUUCUUCUUGGUUUCUUCUUACGGAUUAUUACUUUCACUCUGUGUCUGACUCAGCUGGUUUAUGGGUUUCAGAGUCGAAUGUUGAUGAGCAAUGGACUUGCUCUCACUCCUCAAAUGGGAUGGAAUAGCUGGAAUCAUUUUCAGUGUAACAUCAAUGAAACUCUCAUCAAACAAACCGCUGAUGCAAUGGUUUCAAGUGGUCUCUCUGCAAGAGGUUACAAGUAUAUCAACAUAGAUGAUUGUUGGGGUGAACUUAAGAGAGAUUCUCAGGGAAACUUGGUAGCCAAAGCAUCAACGUUUCCUUCAGGAAUGAAAGCUUUAUCAGAUUAUGUUCAUAGCAAAGGGCUUAAGCUUGGGAUCUACUCUGAUGCUGGGACUUUUACCUGCAGCCAAACCAUGCCAGGAUCACUCGGACAUGAGGAACAAGAUGCCAAAACAUUUGCCUCAUGGGGGAUUGAUUACUUGAAGUAUGAUAACUGCUUUAACACAGGGACAAGUCCAAAAGAAAGAUACCCAAAGAUGAGCAAAGCUCUAUUAAAUUCAGGAAGAUCUAUUUUCUUUUCUUUGUGUGAAUGGGGACAAGAUGAUCCAGCAACUUGGGCAGGAGAUAUUGGUAACAGUUGGAGAACAACAGGAGAUAUCCAAGAUAAUUGGAAGAGCAUGACAACAAUAGCAGAUCAGAAUGAUCGAUGGGCGUCUUACGCAAGACCAGGAUCAUGGAACGAUCCGGACAUGCUCGAAGUGGGAAACGGAGGCAUGACUAGAGAAGAGUACCGAUCACAUUUCAGCAUAUGGGCAUUGGCAAAAGCUCCUCUGCUGAUUGGGUGCGAUCUAAGAUCUAUGGACAAAGUCAACUUUGAGUUGCUUAGCAACAAAGAAGUUAUUGCUGUUAACCAAGACAAACUUGGGAUCCAAGGAAAGAAAGUCAAGAAAGAUGGUGAUCUUGAGGUAUGGGCAGGUCCGUUAAGCAAGAAACGAGUAGCAGUCAUCCUAUGGAACAGAGGACUAUUACCUGCAAACAUCACAGCUCGAUGGGAAGACAUUGGCCUCCGUCCAUCAGCUAUUGUUAAUGCUCGUGACUUAUGGGCGCAUUCAACACACUCAGGCGUCAAAAAACAACUAUCUGCUCUAGUGGAGCCUCAUGCCUGCAAAAUGUAUACUCUCACCAGACGCAAAACUUAAGAUCUAUAGCCAAAUACUUUUGAAGCCUGAAGAUUUUACCAAUUUUCUCUUAGUCAAUCUAUGCUGGAUAUGAUCAUAAAUGAUCAUUUCAAAUAACAUUAUAAUACUAAGAAUAAAUUUGAGUUAUGUCAACUCUUUCUCAAAAAACCGAAGAAUCAAGAUGUUCCCAAAGUUUUCUUUCAUCUAUAUGUUCCAUGAUAUAACAAGAUACCUCAACCAGGCUUAUUAUUCAACCGCCAACAUCACUGACAUCACCAGGGCGUCUGGAAGUGGCAGGUCAUCAAUUAGAUUUCUCAGCCAUAAAAAAAGUCGAAAUCUCUGUGCCUGAACAUGAGUCUUCGCAACCAGGACGCAGCAGAUUCUUGAUGCAUGUUGAUGUUCUGUUGAUCUGAGGUCCCUGGCAUGGUCCAAGCUUUGCAUGAGAGCUUGGAAGUCACUACACCAAAAGCAGGAAGCAUAACUUUUCCAUCUUGAGGAAGUGUUUCUAAGAAUCACACUGAAAAACAUCAUCAAUACAUCUAAAGCUAACAUACACUUGUUUUAUUUUGUCUUUUUAAGUUUGAGAGAGCAAGCACAAAGUUACAUAGUACAUACAGACUUGCAGUAAAUAAAAAAUAAAGAAGACAAGGACCACUUCACAAUAAUUUAGACACAUUCACAUUAUUGUCUUUUCAUAUCUUCAACUUCAAUUCUCUCAUUCAUACCAGUCACGAGAAGCAUUUAAAAUUACAGUCCUUUGAUCCAUGAGAGAUCAAUAUAGUUUGUGUGGGCUCACCAUAAAAGAAUUCACGCACAAAACGUACAAAUAGCUUUUAUUUUGCUGUUCUUUAUGGCGUUUUUGAGUAACAACAAUUAAUCAAAUCGAUUUCACUGUCACCUCUCAAAACAAAUAAUCUUAAACACUAAUCAAACAAGCAAUAACUUAAAACUAAAACUUGAACACAAAAAAAAAAAAA